AUGGCCGCUUCAAAGCCCGCCUAUAAGGUCGCUGAUAUUAGCCUUGCUGAUUUUGGCCGUAAGGAAAUCAUCAUGGCUGAGAACGAAAUGCCUGGGCUGAUGUCUAUGCGCAAAAAAUAUGGACCUUCCAAACCUUUGAAAGGUGCUCGAAUCGCCGGUUGUCUUCACAUGACCAUCCAGACUGCCGUUCUCAUUGAGACACUUGUUGAACUCGGAGCUGAGGUUCAAUGGUCCUCGUGCAACAUCUUUUCCACUCAAGACCAUGCUGCUGCUGCUAUCGCUGCCACCGGUGUCCCAGUUUAUGCUUGGAAAGGGGAGACCGAUGAAGAGUACGAAUGGUGCAUAGAGCAGACACUUGUGUUCCGUAACGGCGAACCACUGAACAUGAUCCUUGAUGAUGGAGGCGAUCUUACCAACCUCGUGCACAAAAAGUACCCGCAGUACCUCCCUGGAAUUCGGGGACUUUCUGAAGAGACCACCACUGGUGUGCACAAUCUUGCAAAGAUGCUCGAGAAGGGAGAACUUAAGAUCCCAGCUAUCAAUGUUAACGAUUCCGUCACCAAGUCCAAGUUCGACAAUCUAUACGGGAUUCGUGAGUCGCUUCCUGACGGAAUCAAGCGAGCCACUGAUGUUAUGCUUGCUGGAAAGGUCUCAGUCGUCUGUGGAUACGGAGAUGUUGGCAAAGGAUCAGCUGCCUCUCUGAAGGCUUUCGGAUCACGUGUUAUUGUUACCGAGAUCGAUCCUAUCAAUGCUUUGCAAGCUGCGAUGGAGGGUUACGAGGUGACCACUUUGGAUGAGGCAGCCCCGAAGGCCAACAUUGUUGUCACCACAACUGGAUGCAAGGAUGUUGUUCUUGGGAGACACAUGGAGCUUCUACCAAAUGACGCAAUUGUCUGUAACGUUGGACACUUUGACUGCGAAAUUGACGUAAAGUGGCUUAAUCAGAACGCUGUCAGCAGGGAUACUAUCAAACCUCAGGUUGACCGAUACUUGAUGAAAAACGGUCGACACAUCAUCCUGCUUGCCGAGGGUCGGCUUGUGAACCUCGGUUGUGCUACUGGACACCCUUCGUUUGUGAUGUCGAAUUCAUUCACCAAUCAAGUGCUGGCUCAGAUCGAGAUCUUCACCAAGUACGGAACUGCAAAAGAAUACAAGGUUGGGCUGUACGUCCUGCCAAAGAAACUCGAUGAAGAGGUCGCAGCUCUCCACCUUGGAAAGCUCGGUGUCAAACUUACUAAACUCACCGAAGAACAAGCCGCCUAUCUCGGUAUUCCUGUGGAAGGACCCUUCAAGCCUGAGAAUUAUAGGUACUAA